UCCCAUUCAAGUCAGUCUCAAUUAACGGCUAAAGCUCUAAAGAACCACAAAUCCACAGAACUUCAUCAACGAAACGAAAUUCAUCGAAAAUGAAUUUUCACGAGGCGUCAAAAGUGGUUUUACUAAUCGCAGUCGCGUACUGUAUACAACUGGUUAGCAGCGCAGUGACAACAAAGGCUGCGGAACAAGACGUCGACUCCGAUACAGAGAUAUUACGAAAAUGCUUGCGCGAAGUCGGCAGCAAAGAUUUGGUCGGUGAGCUACAAAAAGUUGCGCGCUACUCRAAAUGGACGUCGGAGGAGGUGCCCUGUUUUACACGUUGUCUCGCUUCCAWGAAGCACUGGUUCGAUSCGGACGAAAGCAAGUGGAACAAACAGCAGAUCGCCGAUGACCUGGGUGCCGAUAUGUACAACUACUGCCGCUAUGAGCUCGAUCGCUACAAUGAGGAUAGUUGCGAGUUCGCAUACACUGGCCUGCGCUGCUUGAAACAGGCGGAGCUCUAUACUCUGGAAACCUACAAAAACAUUGUGAGUUGCGCCAGCAAACUAAAUGUCACCAUGAAGGAACUACAAAAGUACGCCGCUUUUCCGACCAAGGAAGUUGUGCCCUGCCUCUUUCAAUGUUUGGCAGAGAAGAUGAAUUUCUACACGCCAACUUAUGAGUGGAAUUUCGAUAACUGGGUCCAGGCGUUUGGACCGAUGCGCCAAGAUCGCACGGCUUCAAAUGUCUGCAAAGUGAGUGYUGAGCAAAUGAAGACGCGCGACAAGUGCGAAUGGAUGUACGAGGAGUACAACUGUUUGGAACGCUUGAACUACAACACAGACGGCUCUUAUCCAUUAGAAAGCACUACACUGAGUGCCGUUAUCACGCGGAACACGGCAGCGGCAGUCGAAGACUUAGCAAAAACCUCCUAAUUUAGUGGAUUAAAUUAAGGGGAAGCACAUAACURUAUUCACAYAUUAAUUUCAUAUGUACAACCAGCGCUUUUUCAGCGAAUCCCAUUUUAUUUUUUAAUUUAACUUCAUCUUCUAUAGGAUACCAACAACGUGCAGCUGAAGAAAAUAAACGGUAAUUCUUACAUUA